AUGAAGGUUGGAGAUGGAGGGUUUGGUCUCUGGUCUAUCACGGUUGGGUCACAGCGUGACAGUGUCUGUAGAAAUAGCAGCAACAGUGACUCAUCCUCCAUAACUGAGAAAGUCAGUCCAAUUGGUGAAACUUUGGAACGACUUGCAUUCAACUUAUUCCAAUCCGAGGAAAAUCAAGGAGAGUAUCUAAGAGAAAAGUCAAGCAAGAACUUCGAGGCAGCAUUCAAGGCAUUCUACCAAAUCUUCCCAUAUGGGAGGUUUGCUCACUUCACAGCGAACUUGGCUAUCCUGGAGGCUAUCCCAGACGACGCAGAGACAGUACAUAUUGUAGACUUCAAUAUGAGGGAAGGGAUUCAAUGGCCUCCAAUGAUCGAGGCUGUUGCUCGUCUACAAAAGGCAUUGAAGUUGACAUCAAUCAAAACAAGGGAUGACUCUGGUGAUGCUCCAGUACACUGGAGUUUUGAGAAAACAAAGAGGCAACUCUGUGAUCGUGCAAGGUCUUCUGGCCUAAACUUGAAGGUGGAAGAGGUGGGAAUUGAUGAUUUGACAAGUGAGAUAAAGAAGAUGACAGUGUUUAGUAGUGGUUCUAAUGAUAGAACCAGCAUUGUGUCCUCCAUCAACUAG